AUGGCCGCGACGGUUAGCGUCCCGCAUCCUGAGAUGCCCGAGGCCUCAACGAGCCCCGGCCAGAAGCGGAAGCGGAUGACUGAGUCUGCCUCACCCGACUCGCGUCGUAGCAAGCGCGGUGCCCCGGCUGCCGCCAUGUCAGUGUCGGAAUCGGACACCCAGACUUUCUUGGGCGACACGGUCAGCAUUGCGCAGGCUGCCCACGACCAUGUCAACGUGGACGACUUUAGCGCUCUCGCCCAGGCUACCGCUGCUGACCACAACGAUGCGACUGAUACCUCCAACGCGUCAAGUACAGCUGCCGCGGCCCUGAACAUGUACCCAUCACUACAUGUUCCCCAAUCAACCGAGGAGGCGUUCGCAAAUCAGGCAACGCCAGAGACGCACCAUGAGGACAACACCUUCAACAGCCACUCGGUCAACCAGGCGCCUCCGGAUGGCCUCCCAUUACCACCUCCCCCGUCGACCAUCCAACAACCGCCCUCAAACGGAGUGCAGCCGGAGCAACGCUACAGCGCUCCACCCAACGCCAAGCCCGCAGUGGGCUCCGAGGAAUGGCAUAAGAUGCGCAAGGACAACCACAAGGAAGUUGAGCGUCGUCGCCGUGAGACAAUCAACGAAGGCAUCAACGAGCUAGCCAAGAUCGUGCCGGGUUGCGAGAAGAACAAGGGGUCCAUUCUCCAGCGGGCGGUAUCGUUCAUCACUCAGUUGAAGGAGAACGAGACGCAAAACAUCGAGAAGUGGACGCUGGAGAAGCUGCUCACAGAGCAGGCGAUCGCUGAGCUCAGUCAGUCCAACGACAAGCUCAAGCAAGAGUGCGACCGCCUCUAUCGGGAACUGGACACAUGGAAGCAGAUGGCGCAGAACGCCGGCCUGCAGUUACCGCAGCAGAAGGAGGAGUCCGGAUCCAGCAGUUAG